AUGGGUCGCAAACCUAACCCGUUGAUUCUUCAGUACUUCGAAAGAGGUGCAAAGUUAAAUGAUUCAAGCAAUCGCUACCAUCAUACUUGCAGAGCUUGCUCAGAGAAAUUCCCUAAAGGAAGACUCGACACUUUGACAAGUCACAUCUGCAGGAAGUGCCCCGCGUUGGAUCGUGCCACAAAGCAGCGGCUUGUUCUUGAGUUUAACAAUCUCCCCGAGAUUGCGGAUAGAACGAAUAAUCAGCAUAUGAAUAUUCAGACUGCAAAUAAUCAACAGACAACUGCCAUCCGUGGAAGACCCUUUCAAGGAAUGACUCCGCUUGAAACUUUGGCCGAAGUCUCCAGGGACAUGGCUGAGUCGGAGCACCGCAAUCAUCGGCCUGGUAAUGGAAGUCCUCUGGGUGAGAAUCAAGCAACGAUAUCUCGUGGAGAUAACCUUGAGUUACAAGAACAAUAUACUCUUGACAAUCCACCUAUGAGUUACGAAUCUCGCGCCCAGCGCGACAAAAAGGGUAUUAAUCAAAAAGGACACGCCAAUGAACAUGGUCUUGGUCGCUCUCAAUCUGCAUCCCCAAAUUCAAUGGCUGCCACAGCAGCAGCAGCAACUAGAUUCAUCCCAUCCAUGGUGGAUCCUCAGUUGUUGAGUGAAGAUGCAGUCGCCCAAGACAAAUUGUCAGAAGACAAGUUGACUCGACAACUUGUCGAAGCAAAUGCCAUGAGUGAUAGUUUAUUCAAUGGAAGCUCUGACAACCAACAGCAUUCUUGGGGUAUGAUGGACGUUCCCAUGCCAGCAAGUCAAGUCGCAGCACUGCAGGUUCAAGAUCAAAUGGCUCAUAUGAGUCAAAUGACAUAUCCAGAACACAACCCCACCGAGAAUACAUUCGAAAAUGGUCAGCCACAAGCCCAAAGCCCAAAAGCCCACACUCGAAUUGCUAUGAAUCCAAUGACCACCGAAUUUAGCGCCGAAUAUGGCAAUGGCCAAAAGGCGACCAAACCCAAAGUUCGGGGGAAGUUCAAUGAAGGCCGCAGAAAGGAGGUUUCGGAUAUCAGAAAGAUUGGUUCUUGUCUUCGUUGCAGAAUGUUGAAGAAACCAUGCACUGCAGGAGACCCAUGUGAUACUUGUAAGGGCGUCGAGAGUGCUCGUUUGUGGAAGACACCAUGCAUCCGAACACGAGUUGCACAUGAGCUUUGCUUGUAUUCCGCGAAACUUCACGCAGUGCUUGCUCACCACCAAGUACUUGCUGCAAAAGGUUCUGCGACUUUUCAAAGCUCGCUCUAUCAAAUUGAAGUUUCUCACUACCCAGGAACCACCAUUUACGCGUCGUUUCCGUGCCUAGAAGCACAAGACGAGGAAACUGGACUAACGUCUUUUAUCCUUGACACGGAUAACGACGACCUUUCCACCAAGCUUGAAGCAUAUGCUAAGCGCAUGAUGCCAAUAUUCAUUGAAAAUGAACCUUCUCAAUUCAUUCGGACAACUCUUCAAACGGCUCUAAAUGUUUCAAUCCAAAAGCAAGACAACUUCCUUAGCCGUGCUUUAGAGUUUUGGGCAAUUGUACACAUUUUCGUCGAUUCGGAAAUUAGAUGGGAAAUGUGUGCGAAAACUCCAGGCUUGCCUGAUGAAGAAGCUGGUCCGACCAAACCUAUUCUUUCAACUGAAAGAUCAUUUGCCAUUAUUCACACUCAACUGAAUGCUGCAGCCGAGAAAAAAGCAUCUCAGAUGUGCAAGGGCAUGUUAAAUGAGCUCGAGAGACGUUUACUUAAUAAGUCCUCGAAGUAUUCUUUCGAGCUGUUCUUAGUUACAGUCAUCAUUCUUAACUGUGUUGAAAAGUCCACCUGGCUUUUCAAAUGCUGGGAGGGUGAAGAUUUUCAUGGACAGUGGCCACUUGACAGCCCUCCUCAAUCUUAUGCUAACCAAGGUGACGACCUCAUUAACGUUCUUCAAAUGCUCUUAAGAAUGAGAGACAUUCCACCAAAAACAUUUGUUAGGCCAGAUAAUGGUCUUCUUGCUGUUGAUGAUACGUCUGAUCAAGUCAUUCGGGAUUUCUUUGAUCAGGUUCAGCUUAGUUUCACCGAUGUUCAUGAUAAACAAGUCCGUCACUUCUUCGACCCAGCAGACUCUAGAUCAUAUGAGCUUCGCUACAUCUCUCGUCUCCUCCUUCCUCAAGUCCCCAAUUAACGAAUACUCCGUCUCCGUUCUCGCGAAUUUUCUUUCCUUUCCGUUUCUGCAUCUGGUGGCUCCAUAUCUGCAACAUUUCCGGCGUUCCAUGACUUCGAUACAGAAAGGUGCAUCACAUAAAGGUUUCACAUUUGUGCAUAUGGGUAGAUAACUUUCUCUGUUCAGGAGUUGGUUAGGGAUUGUCAUCAGCUGGGAGUUUGUGGUGCAAAUUUGUUCAAUUAUUGUCUUCGAUAUAUCCCAUUUUUCAUUUUAAAAGUUCGACGCCUAUCAUAGUAGGCUGUUUGACCAGUCCUUUGAAACAGACAUUGGACUCACAUCAAUGUACCCUUGCUGCUUUUUCCCUUUUCCUUAUUUUUGCUUCUCCUUGAGAUGCGAUACGAUACGUACGAUGCGUUCUCAGCGUUACAAUACCAUGUUCUCGGCACCCAUUUAUACUUUUCAGACCGAGCAGGGAAUCAAUGUUACCGGUUCGAGCUGUAAGUAACAUUUAAGCAAUGGUUGGCAAUGCCCGAACGGAAAUGUAUGUUAAAAUGACUUCAUUGAAAUGAAAUAGAUAAUGAACUUACAAAAACGA